AUGGUCAAAGGCCGUUAUGGGCGCAAGCUCACCAGACUGCAGAAACAGUUCUGUGAAGAAAAUGGUGCUCGACACGCUGCUCAAGCUGCUGCUGCUCAAAACCCAACUGCAAAACGCCUGCGCAAUGUUGACAGUAGCCACGAUCUUCACGCACACACAUCUAUUGAUGUUACGAACAUGGGCCAUCCCUCUGUCAGAACUGUGUACUACCCAGCACCCAAAGUCACACCGGCAACACCUGCACGUACAGAGGCCGAUGGAAGUAUCUCGGAGACUUUCAACUUAGAAACCAAUUUCGACGCUGUGGACGACGCUUACGUUGACUUUCUGGCGGAACAAAACACAAACGCUGAGCCUGUGAAAAGCAAACGAGAUCGUACUCCAGGGGAUGAUCCACAAAAACUAUGGGCACGGGAGAGAGAUAGUUUCUUGAAGGAAUUCAUCAGGCUUGAGGCACGAGGAGAUGCUCCUUGGAGCCACGCAUGUCAUGGCCUACCAGACUGUGCGAACGAACCUACAGUUCGUUGCAGAGAUUGUGAAGGGCUCCAACUCUAUUGUCGGUCUUGCAUUGUGUCGCUUCACAGUGCGAUGCCAUUGCACAAUGUUGAGAUUUGGACGAACACAUACUUUCAGCGGAUUUCCCUUCGGGAUUUGGGUCUAUGCAUUCAACUCGGCCACCCAGCAGGCAUCCAGUGCGACAAUCCUGUUCACGCAUUCGACUUCACAGUUUUGGACAUAAAUGGUAUACAUAGUGUCUCGCUCUUUUUCUGUAAUUGCGCAACUGCCAAGACACGUACGAUCCAAAUCUUACGCUCACGAUGGUACCCUGCGACAUCAACUGAUCCACGAACCGCCGCCACCUUCCGUCUUCUCGACAAUUUCCAAAUGUACACCUUCGAGUCCAAAGGCUCUGCCUUCGAAUAUUGGCAGACUCUGUCUCACCUGUCAGACAAUACGGGAACGAAUCCGCCCAAGGACCGUUACGAGGCUCUCUUGCGAAUGAGUCGACAAUACCGACAUUUGCUAGCUCUCAAGCGAGCUGGUCGUGCGCACGAUGUCCAUGGAGUACUGGGUACGAAGCCUGGGGAGCUCGCUGUCCCAUGCCCUGCUUGCCCUCAACCUGGCAGAAAUCUCCCGCCAGGUUGGGACAGUGCUCCUCCAAAUGACAGAUGGUUAUUUGCCUUGUUUCUUGGAAUUGAUGCAAACUUCCGAAUGUGCCGCCGUAAUAAGUCAUCGGAAGAAGUGGAUCCAAGCCUGAGCACGGGGUGGGCAUACUUCGUAGAGGAAUCGAGCUUCAAAGGGCUGUUGGCCGAGCAUGCUGGACAAACUCAAGAGAAAAGCUCUUGUGCUAGCCACAAUGCGGUGAACUUGGCGGAUUCCAAGAACGUGCGCGGCCUCGCAGCGACAGGCAUUGGCACUGUUGUCUGUGCGAGGCACAACUUCAAGCGGCCGUCUGCCGUCAGAGAUCUCCAAAAGGGCGAGAAAUACGUGAACAUGGACUUUUUAUUUUUCUCAACGUUGACACAUUCCAGUGACCUGGCGGUCUUUAAUAUAUCAUACGAUAUUGCGUGCCAGUGGAGCAAACACCUCUGGACACGCAUGUCACGCUAUCCUUCGACACUUCAUUUUUCUCCUGGCGGCAAGACGAUCACAUUUCUCGUACCCAAGUUCCACCUCCCAGCACACAUUCCCGCUUGUCAAACCACCUUCUCAUUCAAUCUCAUUAAAGGCAUGGCCAGAACGGAUGGGGAAGCACCGGAGAGAGCAUGGUCAAAUAUUAAUCCCGUGGCAACCAGUACCCGUGAGAUGGGCCCUGGCUCGAGGCGGGAUACCCUCGACGACCAUUUCAGUGAUUGGAAUUGGCGCAAGGUCUGCAACUUCGGGCCCUUUCUCUUGCAAAAGUUGAAGGAAGCUAUCCCACAGUGGGACCAACAUGUGUUGGACCUGAGGGACUUUGAGGAGGCCAUUCCAACAGAGAGCCUUACAUCAUGGCGUCAAAUGGUGGAAGAAUGGGAGGCUGACCGCUCCAAACCUAAUCCGUUCGAAUCGGCCGCUGUCCCUAUAACUCAAGCUUCUGUCCGCCUUGAACUUUCGCAAGCUGAAGCGGAUCAGCUCAAACGUGGCUUGGAUGUCUCCUUGCAUGCUGAAGUGUCGCCAAGUGUCUUAAUAGCAGCUGGAAUAGAUCUGGAAGCGCAGCAACGCCGCCUUGCCACUGAUAAGGCAGUCGUCGGUAUGCACUCCACUGAUAUCCAGCUUUCAGCCUUACAGCAGCGGACAAAUACGUUGCGCCGCCGACUGGAGCACUGGGCGAAAAUCCAAACUCUCUAUAUGCCGUAUGUUGCGCGACUGCGAGAGACCGACGACUUGGGCCCCGGGUCUGAGGAAGAAGCAGUCCAUAACAUCAAGUUGUGGCUACCUUCUGCAGUCCUCAGACUACCCAUGCAUUGCGACACUAACCUCACACGUAUUGAGUGGCAGCUCCGCGUUGCUCAGGCUCAUGAGGCCUUACACGAACUUCAUCAGAAUUUGCGUCUCAAACGCCACCUUACGGGAUUCAAGAGAGAUUGGAUUACGGGACAGCGCGCUCACACACGGUCGCGAGGUAUCAUCAACACCAUUCAAAAGAAGAUCGAUGCUGCUGCGACCAAGUAUAACAUUGCUUGGAGUGCACUCGAAGUUCUGGCUGAGGCGCUCUUGGAGGUAGAGUGGAUGAACCAGUUCCCAAAGCUGGAGAAAGAUGAUAUACGGGGAAUGACGGAAGCGCAAGCUGCCAGUGAAUCCCAGACUGAGGGACGGAGACUGGUGGCUAUCUCAUGGAUAUGGAAGCAGUCCCAUGGCGCUGGGCAAGAAGAACUAUCCGACGCGAUGCGUAUAGAAUGGUGUAAGGCGCGCGCACGGGCCAGUCGGUGGUCUGAGGAAGUCGAGCUCCUCCAGGAGGAAAUGCGGCGGGUGUCUGCCUUCUUGGAGUGGCAAACAGAUUGGUGGAAGGACCGCACUACCCCGAGGACAUGGCUAGAUGAGAUGGAGAACGAAGGGGCGAGUGCAUAUGCCCAUCGGCAGGCAGCUGUCCGUCAAGCAAUGCGUGCACAAUGCAUCUCCAUCUGGAGUGUCGUGCCUGGUCUUGUUGCUUUCUCUUCGGUCAUUUCACCCACGUAG